CCAUCCCCUCUUGCCAUCGUCUAUUUCUGACCCGCCCAUCCCUGCGAUCCCUUCAAGCCCACGUACGCCGGCGUUGCUGGUUUUCUUGGCCCAUUGCCUGCUGUCUAGCGGAAGCGAACCUUGGAACCCUUGGAAACCCACCUCGGUCUAGACUUGGCCCACCCCACUUACACCCAACCACCCACUCCCCCCCCUCCUCUGUCAUAAAUCAAUCAACCGUACUACACGCAAUCUUUUCUUUUGCCCAUCCCCCACCCCCCUCCCUCUCCCCCGGCGUCAGUACAAUGGCUCCGUCACCUCUAGACAAGCUCGACAAGCUGGCGAAGAUGCUCCCUGGAGGUGGAUCGGGUCGCUCAUCGCCUGCGCCAUCGGCCCAGCCAGGUUCGGCCUCGGCGGACAAUGAUAAUGACGGCCAGGGAUCAGUGUCAUCAUCAGCGGUCGCCUCGGACGCCCAGUCCACGACGUCGUCGUCGACGUCAACAACGGGCCCCGGUUCCAGCAAGGGCCGCCACCCACGUCUGCCUUCCCUAUCUAGCCUCAGACCUUCAGCUUGCCAUAGCAAGAAGGAAAAGGCCGCUCUUAUCAAGGCGGACGACCUGGACCUUCAGGUCAACGAGCCUACUCCAGUAGAUGGGGCUGCAUUCUCUUGCUCACUGUUCAACAUGUUCAAGGCCCUAGCGGCCUCCGACCCAGACGAUCACGACCUCGACGGUGAGCUGCCGAGCGGAGCUAGCACACCAGCGCAGUCGAGCCCCCGCAAGGCAGCAUCCACGCCACCCACUGCAUCGUCGGCGACUGCCUCGGUGGCGACCCCCUCCGUCGCAGAGACCGACCAGGCCACCCUCCAUGAUGAGGCUCGCAACAGCGUUGACGAGGCCCGAGAUGACAACGGAACCCAAGCUGUCAAAGCAUGGCUCGAGAGCACCACUACCCCUAUGAAUGACGCCAACGCGGAGCGCUUUGCUGUGGCUGGCAACAGGCGGCCCUCGCGCCCUCCGCUUCCUGCUGUCACGGAGGAGAACAAGGGCUUCACCGACUCGCCCGCGUCAUCCGUUUUCGAAGCCGGUUCGCGCGCCGAUGCCGAUUCUGCGUCAGGUUAUGCUUCUUCAGAGGUGCCCCCAACCCCCACUGAGUCUGAUGCUGCGAGGUUCUCGCGUGCAGAGAUCCCCGAGGCAGAGAAGCUCGCCGUUAUCCAGCAGGAGUUUGGCGACAUUGCCUCCAACAUGCUGAAUGAGGAUGGCACCCAGGGCGCGCCAGAGCACCUUCUUGCAGAGUGCCAAGGUGCGCUCUUCAAGGGAGUCAUGAUGAUCGGCAACUUGCAUCUUACGACCCACCGCCUCGUGUUCCAUGCCCUGCAGCCUCCCGACGCCAUGUAUGUCAAGCCGGACGCCACCCCGCUCCAAACGGAGGCAGCAACUGCUGCACGCGAGGCCAGGCCCGACAUUCUCCAGGCCGGUUCGGUUAUUCUGCACCGAGGAGGUCUCAUCAAGGCCAAGAGGCGUGUCUGGAUGGAGCUUACACCGGACAUGCUGACGACAUACCCGAGUGCUGACGAGGCCGGGCGUGUUCGACCUCUCGUCACUGUCCUACUGUCCAGUGUGCUCCGGCUUAACCCGCAAGACGAUCUCAAGCCAACAGACUUCUUCAUUGCAUACGAGUCGUCGAAUGGUGUGCGGACCACGCACUUCACCGUCGACAACCAGCAGUCUGCCCUGCACUGGCGCAGGACACUCGAGGGAGCCCUAUUCAGAUAUGCCCGCCAGCGCUUCCGUGAGUCGCACAACAAGUCGGACGGCAAGGACAAGGAUGGCCAGGACACGCCGAUCGAUGAGAGCGAGUGGACCAUGCUGCGCUGCUGCGUGCCGCUCGACCGUGCCACAAUUGAGGGCAUCUCAGAAUACCACUCGUUUGCCACUCUUGCAAACUUGCAGGUCAGACUCGACGACCACAACACCGUUACCUGGCACCCCGAACAGCUCUCCAAAGGCAACUACAGAGGCUACGGCCUCGUCAGUGACAGCCCAGGCGAUGUCGACUCUUCCGAGCCUUCCCCUCCCGGCACUCCUUCCCGGACCACGACGGCGGCCAGCGACGACAGCACCAAGCAUCGCCACCGCUUGACCCUCAAGACGCCAUUCAAGCUCCACGGCUCUCGCCCAAGCUCGAGAGAGUCGUCUCGUGACCGCUCCGGCGGCCACCGCAGGUCUGACUCGCUUAACAAGCCUGAGUCGCUUCCAACCUCCCCUAUCGACAGCCAACUCCAUAGGGACAUGGCGCUCAUCGGCCACGACCCAAACGCCCCGAGUCAGCUCCCCACGUUUCCCCACCGCUCGCUCACUGCCAACUCGCGUUUUUCUCAUCCUGCGGCCAACACUACUGCUCCUACUCCUCCGCCCAACUCCAAUGAGUUCCAGUUCCUGGUCGCCGUCCUCAACGAACAGGCUUGGUUCGCCACUGCCAUUGAGGCUGCUGUGAAGGCCGCUCACAGGAGGCACUACAAGCCUGACGCCAAGCCCGCCAAGAUGACGAUCGACAUCGGUGGUUAUGACUGCUUGGCCACCGACGAGGACGUUGAGCGCCAUGACGACACUGUCGGCGACGCGGAGUCGGCUGAGAUCGAUGCCGAUGACGACGAGGACGCCGGCAAGCCCCGCAUGGUCAUCGAGGCCCGCAAGGCUGAGAAGGCUGCUAUGGCCGCCAAGGUCUUUGGCCUGCGUGAGGACGAGGGUAUCUGGUUGAAGCGCUGCUACGUCCAGCACGGCCUCGUCCCCGGCCGUGGUCAUAUCAUCGUCACACCGCGGUACGUCUGUUUCUGGCGCCGUGCCACUGUUGGAGCCGACAUCAAGUACCGUUUCGCGACACGCGAUAUCAAGGGUGCUGUCAAGUCGCACUCUACCCGCCCCGGCAUGUACGGUAUGGCGCUCCAGAUCCACGGCAGACACGAUCUGCGCUUCGACUUCUGGCACGAGAGUGGCCGUGACGAGGCUGUGGAGCGCAUCAACACGGUCGCCGCUUCCCAUCCCCAGCCCCAGCGCUCCACCUCUACCGACACGCCUACGCCGGCUGCUGAGACGGCGUCGGUGGACACCACGUCUACAAUGGACACACUGCGCGACCAGGCACUCGCCAACGAUCAGCUGCGCAUCAACCCUGAGCUCAUAAAGGAAGGCAAAGGCGGCACCAUGAAGACUGCAGCCGAGGUCCUAGCUCCACCCAAGGACAUGCUCUUCACCCCGCAGGCUAUGUCCGAGGUCGCUCUGAGCUUUAUGCCGUUUGUCGCCAACAGGCCUUGGCAGGUUGGCCAGGGUGCCGCUGUCCGCCUCACUCCGCGCCGGUUCACCAUGCUCACCAUUGGCUCGCGAGGAGACGUCCAGCCUUAUAUUGCCCUCGGCAUUCGUCUCAUGAAGGACGGCCACAAGUGCGUCAUCAUCACUCAUCCCGAGUUCAAGGAGUGGAUCGAGGAAUAUGGCAUCGAGCACCGCGCGGCUGGUGGCGACCCUACGGCGCUUAUGAAGCUGAGCACUGCACACCGCAUGUUCUCCCCUGCCUUCUUCAAGGAGGCACUCGGAACAUUCCGACAGUGGUUGGAUGAUCUCCUGGUCGACGCAUGGAAAGCCUCCCACGAUGCUGAUGUCCUCAUCGAGUCGCCGUCGGCCAUGGCAGGCAUCCACAUUGCUGAGGCCCUCAAGAUCCCGUACUUCCGCGCCUUCACCAUGCCUUGGACCCGCACCAUGGCCUACCCCCAGGCGUUCAUGGUCCCAGCCUUUGACAUGGGACCUAGCUUCAACUACUCGACCUAUGUGCUGUUCGACAACAUCAUGUGGCGGGCGUCGUCCGGCCAGAUCAACCGCUGGCGCAAGAAGCACCUCCAUCUCAAGCCGACUGACCAGUCGUCGCUUUCCGUGUCCAAGGUUCCCUUCCUCUACAACUUCAGCCCCUCGGUCGUACCCAAGCCUCUCGACUGGUACGAUGACAUCACCAUCACUGGCUACUGGAACCUGGAGAACAGCGACAUGGAGUGGACCCCGCCUGACUCGCUCGUCGAGUUCAUGGACAAGGCAAAGGCCGACGGUAAACCGCUGGUCUACAUUGGUUUCGGUUCCAUUGUCGUUCCCGAUCCGACAGCCGUCACCAAGAGCAUCAUCAAGGGUGUCAACAAGGCCGACGUUCGCGCUAUCAUCGCCAAGGGCUGGUCGGCUCGUGAUGUCGACAGCACCAAGAACCAGGAGGAGGUCGAGUUCCCCGACACGUGCUACUCCCUAGACAAGGUGCCUCACGCAUGGCUCUUCCCCAAGAUCCAGGCGGCGCUCCACCACGGUGGCGCGGGCACUGUCGGCGCCUCGCUCCGCGCAGGUAUCCCGACGCUGAUCAAGCCGUGGUUUGGUGACCAGCACUUCUGGGCCCUGCGCGUGACCAAGCUCCAGGUCGGCAUGAAGGUCGCUUCGCUUCACUCCAGCGACAUUGCCGAAGCGCUCAAGAAGGCGACAACGAACCAGGUGAUGCUCGAGAAGGCGGCCAGAAUUGGCGAGCGCAUCCGCAGCGAGUCUGGUGUGGACGCAGCUGUCCAGACCAUCCACUCCCAGAUUAUCCGCGCCGCCCGCGACCGCAACAAGAAGAACAAGAUGGAGGCGGUCGUCGACACCAUGUCGCACGAGGCCCUUGCGGCUGGAGAGCACCACCACGACCCACUGAGGACCAACAUCCACAGCGAAUGCCAUACUGCCAUCUCGCGACUCGCGCCGGCGACGAUGUAACCUUGUAUUGAGAGUAGAACUGUUUCUUGUCCCCCCCACCAUGUACUUUGAGUCGCGCUUUUUAUAUACCUGGCAAGAAGUAGAAGUCUUAGCAAAUGAUGUGGACCAUUGCAUCCAUGCAGAACGGGC